AUGGCGGAGUGCCGCAGCCUCAUCGAGUUCCUCCGCGCGUUCGAGCACCACCGCAGGGCGGCGGACAGCUCCGCCUCCGCCUCCGCGUGCUCCCGAUCCAGGCGGGCGGCCUCCUCCGCCGCGGGGGGCUCCGGCUCCUUCUGCGACAGCACCCCGAUGGCCGUGGUCGACGCGGUCAUGCUCCUCGCCGUCGUCACCGCGCUCGGCUUCCUCCUGAUCCCGUACCUCAAGCUGCUCUUCCUCGAGAUGGGCGCGCUGCUCCACCACCCCGCCGCGUCCUGCCUCCCCGCCGCCGUCUUCUUCGGGGCCGCCGUCGCCGUCUCGGCCGCGGUCGUCGCGUGGGAGCUGCUGGGCCACCACGCGCGCAAGUGCGGCAAACCCAGGUGCAGGGGCCUCAAGAAGGCCGUCGAGUUCGACAUCCAGCUCGAGACGGAGGAGUGCGUGCGCGGCCGCCCCGGCCACGCGGCGCGAUCGGCGCUGCUGGCCGCGGCGGGGGCGCGCCCCGUGGAGCUCGGCGACGAGCAGCGGGAGCUGGAGGCCGAGCUGCGCAAGAUGGCGCCGCCCAACGGCCGUACCGUGCUCAUCUUCCGCGCUCCCUGCGGCUGCCCCAAGGGCCGCAUGGAGGUCUGGGGCGCCAAGAAGGUGCGCCGGAUCAAGAAGUAA